CAAAAUCGUAAGGCUUGACUUCUCAGGACCGUAAUAAAAGAGGUUGUGAGAGUUUUUACAUAUCGAGCUACAUUUGUUUUGUUCAGUGGCUCAAGAAAGGUUGCAUAACUCAGAGUUUAUCCGCCGACACCGACACCCGCCGAUGUCAACUAGAGUGCUUUUCUAGACCCUGGAUGAGAUUUAUUUACUCGGGGAACAAAGAACAGUUCUGGUCAGCUGGGUUUUCGCCCUCGUUCCUACCAGACCCAGCCAUGGUUCAGCAGUAAGCGGUACAGCCCAGGCUCAUACGUCUGCUCAUCUCGUCUGCUUACACCUCUCCAGCAGACGACAAUAUGAGCGGUGGAAUUACAUUGCUGCGAGUUGUUCAUUCCGAAUCGGGAAAAGUGGUCUUUAUAAAUGGAUCAAAUCGUAUGCUAUCUGGUCAUCAUGGAUUAACAGGAAUGAGACGGGCAGAGAGUAGCUUUGAGGCAAUACGUCCGAGAAAAUAUGUUCCUUUUCACGCAAGCAGCAGGAGUAUGAACGACCUGAGAAUCAGCACGAACGGGUCGGCUCCACGGAUUCCACCAAAGGACUCCAUCAUCACCGGCAAGAUGAAGAAACCUGCUCCGAGUGUGCCUUCCAUUGUAACAUCUCCUGUGGAUUCAAUCCCAGAGGAAGACAUUACAAUACCAAACGACGGCUGUCUCCACAACUUCACCGCCGACGAGAUGGCCACCUUCUUCCGGUACAUGCGCGUUGAAGACAGGCUCAUCAACCACAUGCAUCGGAAAGGCCUUGACGGCAAGAAGUUCUCUCGUCUCAAAGAAUCCGAAAUGGACGGGCUAGGCCUGAAUAACCCAAUCAUCAGAUACUUUAAAGAAAAGAGCGUGAAAAGGACCAAAGGGAGAAUGCCUUUUCUACUAUGAUUUGAAUCAAAAGGACAAUACAACUCUCAGGAUAUGAACAUAAUUUGAGCAGUAAACCCGGAAACCACAUGCAUGUUCCUGCUCAGGACAUUGGUGACAUGACCCGUUCAACCACAAUUGUGUGUUCAUCUUUGUGCGAAAGAGAACUGUUUCGGGGUGACUCUUGGUGAUGUCUAUCAAACAAAAGUUACUGUUAAUAUGUGUAUCUUUACACUGAACCUGGAUAUAUUUCAUAUAUGUUUAUGUUUCAGGAUAUUUUCAUAAACAUAACAUCAGAUGUCGCAGAAAUGUCUCUACACAUUGUAAUUCAUUAAGGGAUUUCACACAUUCCAUUACAUACAUCCUUUGCGUUUCAGUAUAUUCAUAAUACGCAAACAUCAUAAGGCCAUUAUAUAUUCUAAUGCGUCCAAUGGUGAUAUCAGGCUAUAUUCAGGUCAUGCAUUUUUCAAUUAUUACAGGAACCAUAGCAUUGAAUGCUGAACUGUACAUAGAUCAUAUACAACUUCAAAUCAAAAUUAUAUCAAUCCUCAUUACAUAUUGUGAUAUUUAUCCUCGAUUGAACGUGACAAAGUGUAAUCUAUGUAUGUAUGUAUUUAUCGAGAAUAUAUCAUUUUCAUGAA